AUGGAUAUCAUCAGCAUCUCCCAGAAGAAAAACUCCAGCAGCAGCAUGAAGAAGCUGUUCAAACAAAUCUUCAAAUCCAAGAAAACUGUUGCUGCCUCUGACUCAAUGGAAUCCUUUGAAUCUCUGGAAAAUAGCCGCAAUGCCAGUCUUGAAUCAUCCUCAGAUUGCGGCUCCAUGGAAUCCUAUGACAACGACAUUAAUGAAUCCUAUGAAAAGGAGGCGGAAAUUGAUUACCCCACCACUGUGCCGGUACACUUUGUACGCACCGAACAGGGUACCUUCUUCUGGACCUCUGCUGCCUAUAUGCAAGAUCGUUGGGCCCAGGCUUAG